AGGGAUGGGGACGCGGUCGUGGUCUGGGGCCACCAUGAGCCCCCCCCCCCCCCCCACGAGCCCUGCGGGGAGCGGGGACCCAGGGGAGGGCCCGGGGCUGUGGCGGGGCCGGGCCUGGUGCCCCUCCCGCUGCCUGAGGGGCCCGGAGCUUCGCGGGCUCGAAGGAAGGAGCGCAGCCACGCGGCUGGGCGUGGGGCUGUGAAGUCUGGCGCUGCUGUGCCACUACUGAGCUUUGUACUGGUUUUAGCCCCUGCUAAAUACACCUGCGGUACAGAUAAAACGUGUGGCUGUCUGAUUCCUGUUUAUUUCUUCGGUGCUAUUGCUGUCAGGUCUGUGGUGCUGAGGUGCCACGUCCUUUCCUGUGGCACUGUGGUGUUGAAUCAGUGGCAACUUGUUAAAUUUCUUGCUUGGAAUGAAAAAAGAAGAGACCCUUGUCCUCUGCCUUGCAGGCCUGGCAGCCCUAAAGGGCCAGCUGGUCCCAUAAAGGGUCACUUUGCCUGUACGAAACACUUCAAGUCAGGCAGAAUCACCUCUUACCUCUCAGCUGCUCGUGGCAGACCCUUGAAGUGGUCUUUCCAAAGUUUAAAACCUUCUGGUUUAGGCUGCUGAGCUUCACAGCCCCCAGGGUGAAACAAGCAGUCAGUUUUUGGGAUGCGCUUUUUGGUAACCGCACCAACAUUUCUGGCAUGUUGGGGAUGUAUUCGUGGUUCUUUGGAGAAUGAACAAGCUCAAGGCUGGGUCUCCCUGUGAAAUGCGUAUUAAUGUUUCUCUUUAAAAGGUCCAGUCUCUCAUGGAAACUGGAUCAAACACUUGCUUUCACUUGCUUUUUCACUUUUCAUUUCAAACACUGAUUUCACAAGAGGGUUAUUUGAGUCUUUGGUGGAAAUAGCAAUUGACAAUCUCAAGCUAACACCUUCAUUUUUAGUGGGGAAAAAAAGUAAGAAGGUGUGUUUCUCAGCCAGUCCUGAAAUGGAGAGCUUGUCUCCUGAAUUGUGAUGCUUUUUGGCGCUUUGCUGCAUGCAUGCUUCUCUUGUGUACCAGGUGCUUCAAGUGAAGACAGCUUUAUUUCCUUGGUUAUAGGAAGAAAUUCAGAUGUAAUUGUUAAUAUCUGUUGGAAGAAUUGACCGCUUGCUCUUUGAGAGGUGUUGGUGUGAGGAGCUUGCUCUCAUCUGGUACCCUUACUGUUAACCUGCAAAGAAACUCCUUAUGGUAAUUUGCUGUGUUGUUAGCAGCUACUUUCAAGUGUGUUUUUUGACCACCUGCAGCUGCUGUCAGCUGUGUAAACUGAAUUUUAAUUGACUUGUAAGUGUAGCUAAUUAUGGAGGCUGUUUUAGUAUUGUGAAUUUUGUUUUGACUUAAACAUGAGAUCAGGUCUAUUUGCCACUUUUAUUUUCAUGUUAGUAGAACAGAGAAGUAGAGGUUACAUUAUAGCCUUUAACUGGCUUUAUGUGUUAAGUAGCCACCUGUUUUAAUGCACAGAUAGCCUGAUUUGCCCUCUGGGGUCUCAUGCACUUCAGACAAGCAGCUAUUUUGGAACAGGCAAGUUUUUUGCCUUUUUCUUUUUUUAAUGUUCAGAGAAGUGGUAGUUCUGUCUUUUGAGAUCUUGAAGCGCAGCAGUGAUUUAAUGCAGAGAGGUGGGAGGGAGAAAGCAGCAUGAGCAGUGUGCAGGAAGGGGAGUGAACUCCACCUUGAAGUGGAGGUAGUUUUGGGAAGGUGCCUGAGCAGGAGGAGGAAUAGGAGGCAAAAGGAAGCUGGAGUGAAACUGAGCGCUGUGGGGGUGGUAUGGUUUUGUUGUCUUCUCCUGAACCAUGAGAGUGUCUCCGUGAAAACUGCAUUUGCAGCUCUGUAGAUCACAUCUCGAUACAGACCUGUUCUUUUCCUUUUUUUUUGCUUAUGUUAUUCUUGAGUAGGUGUCUUCCCUGUUUUGUUCCCUUACCAUAUUUCUCCCUCUAUCAUUAGUCAGCCAAAUCAAUUAAGUGAAUGGGGUCACUGCCUCAAGCAGCUGAAGCCUGAGAACUGUGGUGUGUGGUGGUAGCAGACAGUGAUAUCAUAGGGACUUCAGAAUACGAAACAUUUGAAAGAAGGCGACGUGAAGAAUGCGGUAACACAUUUAGGAAGCUGAGUAUGGGAGGAAGACAUCGGUUAUUGGAAAGGCGAAGGACAGAUACAGUGAGAAACACGUGGUUAUUCAAGAAUUUAGAUACACAGAAAGAGGGAACUGCGUCUCCAACCCUGUCCGUGGAGGCCCCCUGUAGGAUGUCAAUACCUCCUGGGGUUCACCUGCACUGGGUGAUUAUCUCCUGGGUUUUGUGGUGUAAGCAGUUAGACUUUUAGCUACUUACAUGAUGCGCUGAGAGAACAGCAUGGUUGCACCGUGCUGGCAUGCUUUUGACAAGUGCCGUUGCUAUUUUGGCACUCGGGCAAUGUCCUUUCUGUUGCACGCCGUAGCAGAGGGCUGGCCUUGGAGAUCCAAGAGGCCUCUUGCACUGUUGCUGUGAUGAUGGAUGUGAUGCAAGGAUAUGGGUAGAUCGACUCAUUAUGCGCAAUUUGAGUAAAGAGUGAGUUUGUGUUUGGCUGAGUUCUUCUAUUUAUUAUAUGACUAAAUAAAUUGAAGCCAUUUUUCCUUUUGUGGCAAUAAAUAAUCUCCGGUGCCCCAGCCUGGUGUAUGAUUUCCAUUUCUAACUCACCAGUAAAACAUAAAUAUUGGGCUCGUAUAUUACCUGAUUAUUAACAGUCAGCCAAAAUGCACGGGGGCCAGAGUUCCUUGAAACAAUAUGUGCUUUUGAUGAAUGAGGAUGCAGAGGAAGAGACAGCAGUCGUGACUCAGUAGUCAAUGAGGUUAGAAACCCAGCGUGCUUCCCAGCCCUCCUGCUGCAAUGAAAGCAUCUUCUUGCCAAGGGAUCUCAGGAAAUGCACCAACUCUGCCUUCUAGGCAGGCUGGGGUAAUUAACUUAAGUGUGGGAUGUAGCUUUUGCAGACACAUGUGAUGUUCCUUUUGAGCAUCAUAAAUCAUUUUCAUAUUAAAAGCUGGAGGAAGACCCACAGCCAUAAAACCCCUUUUGUAACAAUCUUGCUGUCCUUGCAUGUGGUUAACAUUGAAGAAGGGUGGUCAGUGAGCUCAGUGCUUAAAGGAUUAAGCUAAUAGUCGCUGCUGUUAUUGCUGCAGGGAACCCCAGUCUAUAUGCGAGCCUCUUUUACACUAGGGAGUAAAUCACAUUAGCUGCUUUAUGCACCAUUAUUGUAAAGUGGAUUCUCAUUUGAGAUACUGCAGUGGCUUUAUGGCUCCCCGAGAAGGGAAGCGGACUUUUCCCCUUGCCCAGCUUUAAUAUUCCCCCAUUCUUGUCAUCUCAGGGAAGGAACAAGAAUGGAUGUUUGGCAGCCACUGGCUCGGGUGCUUUCUCAGCACAGAGGUCGCUGCAGGUGAAGCCCCCGGAGCUUUUGUCUGUGUAUCUUCUCGUAGAGUCCCAUUGUUGAGAGAAAGCUUCCUUUUACAGCAGGGAUGCAAGGAAAUACAGGUGCUGUUGGUGAUGCCUUUCUCUGAAUUUCAGAACUGAGCUUCCCUUUGAAGCGCCGUGUGCUUUCCCUGUAUUCGAUUUUUGUCAAAAAUUCUUGCGUGCCAAGUACAAAAGACCAGUGCCUGCUGUCUUCUGAGGUCUUAAAACACCUCUCCUUCCUGUUCCCUGCCUGGUAGGGGUCCCAGAGCACCACCAAGGUGACGUGGUUGGGUGCUGGGCUGCUCCCAGGGGUUAGGAAGGGUUCUCAGCAGCACUCCCACCCUCUGGGAGGUGGCUGAGAGUGUGGGUGUCUCCUGCUGAGGACAGCGAGGCUAACAAGGACGUUGGUGUAGGAUGGGGAACGAGGUUUUGCCCCUGAGCAGCAGUUUCUCAUCCUCCAGAGCCGAAUCCAGGGAAUGGGGAGAGCUGCUGGUUGAAUAACACAGCCUCAGAUAAAACAAGGUGCCGCAGGAACAGGAGAGGGGUUGGAGUGUGUUGUGGCGGUCAAAAGGAGUUUUCAAGGGAGAUUUCCAAAAGAUGACCUGCUCAGACAACGACCCAGAGAAGUUUUGCACACAUCAGGAGCUGCAGAGGGGAGGCAUCACCGUUAGUGGUGUUCGGGAUUGGAUGGAAAAGGCAGGAACCGAAGAGGAAGGCCAAGGCCGUAGGUCUUUGCCAGCUGCAGGUCCCCGGAGGGUAUUAACAAAGGAAGCCAUGUUACUGAAGAUCCCCUUGUCUUCUGGAAGGAGAAACACGGAGAAGAGAUGAAUCUACUCAGCCAGACAUUCCUCCAGUAGAUACUUCUCACCAUGGAGCACCACGGCAGGCAGGAGAUGGACUCAAAAGAGGAAAGUCCUCAGGUGUGGCCUGACUCUGCUGAGCAGGAGCAGAAUACUGCUCAGGUGCACUUUGUCCCUGAAGGAGGGGCAGUGGCACAGAUUGUGUACAGCGAUGAGCAGGACCGUCCCUCGCAGCAGGUGGUCUACACGGCGGAUGGCACCUCCUACACCUCCGUGGACACCUCGGAGCACACGCUAGUUUACAUCCAUCCUGUGGAAGCUACGCAGACUCUGUUUACAGAUCCGUCCCAAGUGGCUUACGUCCAACAGGAUGCCACUACACAGCAGGUAACUGUGCUCUUGCCUGCUGCUGCUCAGAGCAUGAAUCCCACCAACCUGUCUGUGCUUGGCAGCAUUGCUGAAUCCCCCCAGCAAAUGGCUCUGGAGCAGGGUCAACAAGCAGAUAGAGCAUCGUUACCGGUGCAUAACCAGGUGUUACCUCCUAUGGAGGCGGUGGAUGGUUCUGACCCUUUAGCACCUCUGCAGAAUCAGAUGGGAAGGAUGGAAACAAAAGAGGAAGAUGACGAGGAUGAAGAUGAGGAUGAAGAUGGGGAAGACACUGACAUGGAUGAAUGGGACCCAGAUCCACCUCGACCCUUUGAUCCCAAUGAUCUGUGGUGUGAAGAGUGUAAUAACGCACAUCCCUCGGUGUGUCCGAAACAUGGACCUCUGCAUCCAAUCCCAAACCGGCCUGUGCUGACUAGGGCAAGAGCCAGUCUCCCCUUGGUGCUCUAUAUAGACAGGUUUUUGGGAGGCGUGUUCUCCAAAAGGCGUAUCCCCAAACGCACACAGUUUGGACCUGUGGAAGGACCUCUGGUUAGACAAACUGAACUCAAAGACUGCUAUAUCCAUCUGAAGGUGUCUCUUGAUAAGGGUGACAGAAAAGACAGAGAUUUGCAAGAGGACCUGUGGUUUGAACUUUCUAGUGAGGCUCUUUGUAACUGGAUGAUGUUUGUGCGUCCAGCUCAAAACCAUUUGGAGCAGAACCUGGUUGCGUAUCAGUACGGCCACCAUAUUUAUUACACAACCAUUAAAAAUGUGGAGCCCAAACAGGAACUCAAGGUGUGGUACGCUGCCUCGUACGCAGAAUUUGUGAACCAGAAGAUCCAUGACAUAUCUGAGGAGGAAAGGAAGGUUCUCAGAGAGCAAGAGAAGAACUGGCCGUGUUAUGAGUGCAACCGUCGCUUCAUGAGCUCAGAGCAACUCCAGCAGCACCUUAACUCCCAUGAUGAGAAGCUGGACUUCUUCAGCAGAGCCAGAGGCAGAGGUCGUGGGCGAGGAAAGAGGAGGUUUGGACCAGGCAGACGCCCAGGGCGCCCUCCCAAAUUCAUGCGUAUGGAAGUAACCAGUGAAAAUGGAGAAAAGUGUGAAGAAGGAACACAGGACUUGCUGCAUUUUUCCAGCAAGGGGCAGUUUGAUGAGGCCGGACAAGCAACACUGAAUGGGUUGGAGCAGCAGGAGCAGACUCCAGUGCCAUCAGAGACACAGUCGGCACUGGAGCAGCAGUCAGAAAACCACCCACUACAGAUCCAGCCGCAGCACGAUGAGAGCACGGUGCCUACACAGAGCACCAUGACAGCAGAUGACAUGAGGCGAGCAAAACGUAUCAGGCUGGAGCUGCAGAAUGCAGCUCUUCAGCACCUGUUUAUCCGGAAAUCCUUUCGCCCGUUCAAAUGCCUCCAGUGCGGGAAGGCGUUCCGGGAAAAGGACAAACUGGAUCAGCACUUGCGGUUUCAUGGACGGGAGGGGAACUGCCCUUUGACUUGUGACAUCUGCAACAAGGGCUUCAUCAACAGUGGUGCUCUUGAGAGCCACAUGAAGUUCCACAUGGAUCAGAAAACGUACUCCUGCAUUUUCUGUCCUGAGUCCUUUGACCGCUUGGAUCUGCUUAAAGAUCAUGUGGCCAUCCACGUUAACGAUGGGUAUUUCACCUGCCCUACCUGCAAAAAGCGCUUUCCAGAUUUUAUCCAGGUCAAGAAACACGUACGCAGUUUCCAUUCAGAAAAGAUUUAUCAGUGCACAGAAUGUGACAAGGCUUUCUGCCGUCCUGACAAGCUGCGCCUCCAUAUGUUGCGACACUCAGACCGCAAAGACUUCCUGUGCUCCACGUGUGGCAAGCAGUUCAAGAGGAAAGACAAACUGCGAGAGCACAUGCAGAGGAUGCAUAACCCAGAAAGGGAGGCCAAGAAAGCUGACCGAAUCAGCCGCUCAAAAACUUUCAAGCCUCGCAUAGCUUCCACUGACUAUGAAAGCUUCAUGUUCAAGUGCCGCCUGUGCAUGAUGGGUUUCCGCCGGAGGGGAAUGUUGGUGAAUCAUUUAUCAAAGAGACAUCCAGACAUGAAAAUAGAAGAGGUGCCAGAGCUCACGUUGCCCAUCAUCAAACCCAACAGAGAUUAUUUCUGUCAGUACUGUGAUAAGGUGUACAAAAGUGCCAGCAAGCGCAAAGCGCAUAUCCUGAAGAACCAUCCUGGUGCUGAGCUACCUCCAAGCAUCCGGAAGCUGCGCCCUGCAGGCCCAGGAGAGCCAGAUCCCAUGCUGAGCACCCACACUCAGCUGACAGGCACUAUAGCCACCCCUCCGGUCUGCUGUCCUCAUUGUUCCAAACAGUACAGCAGUAAGACGAAGAUGGUACAGCACAUUCGCAAGAAGCACCCGGAGUUUGCUCAGCUCCCUAACACAAUACAUGCCCCGCUGGCGACAGCUGUCAUCAGCUCCACUCCUGCCGUUCUAACCACUGACAGCACUACUGGAGAGACUGUUGUGACAACAGAUUUACUGACGCAAGCGAUGACGGAGCUGUCCCAGACCCUCACAACAGACUAUCGAACUCCCCAGGGAGAUUACCAGCGGAUCCAGUACAUCCCUGUGUCUCAGUCCACGACAGGCUUGCAACAGCCUCAGCACAUACAGCUGCAGGUUGUUCAAGUGGCCCAGGCUACCUCACCUCACCAGUCCCAGCACUCCACAGUAGAUGUUGGGCAGCUUCAUGACCCCCAGACGUACACACAGCAUGCCAUCCAGGUGCAGCACAUCCAGGUCACAGAGCCAUCAGCAGCAGCUCAGCCAUCAUCACAGGUUGGGGGUCAACCUUUGAGUCCCUCCUCACAACAAUCUCAGCAGGAACUUAGCCCCUCGCAGAUGCAGACAGCUACAUCUACACAAAACCAAUCCCUCCAGCAGCAGCAAGGGUCUUCAGUCCAGCACACAUAUCUUCCCAGCACAUGGAACUCAUUUCGGAGCUACUCAUCUGAGAUUCAGAUGAUGGCCAUUCCUCAAGGCCAGUAUGUGAUCACAGAGACAGCUGUAGGUACACCUGUCACCACUGUCAACACAGGGCAAGUGAAAGCAGUUACUCAGACUCACUAUGUGAUAUCUGAAGGUCAACCUGAUUUGGAUGUCAAACAAAACUCUUCGCUCUCCAGUGAGGUACAGGUUGGUGUUUCCCAGCCACCAGCCCAUGCUGAUACGUUGGAAUCUCAAACGAGUAAUCAGCAGCAAACAACCCAGUACAUAAUCACUACAACCACCAAUGGGAAUGGGGGCAGUGAAGUGCACAUCACUAAACCAAGAACUUUCUCAGCAGAACAUGAAUGAAGAAGCCUUGCAUUGUCAUUUGCUUGUACUUUCCACCUCCCCCAGAAGCCCGAAUAUAUGGGUAUCCUGGAGCUCAAUAUGUUUUAAAGUAUAUGCUCACUUAACUUCAACUAAAAUAUUGGAGCUCUUCUUAAUGCUUUAAGAGGGUUGAAGUCCUCAGUGACCAUGAAGAAGUACUCUCAAAAUCCUUCUGGGAUACUAUUUUAUGCAGCUUUUAACAAAAAGGACAAAAGGAGAAAUUAAACCUGCUUGCCCUGGACUUUUUUGGCAUGUCUGCUGACCCUUGUUUCUUCCUUCAGGGAAGUGUCUCUGGUAAACAACUCUUAUUUCAACUGGAAGGGAAAAGCUUGCCCAACUGAAGGCUAAUUGGCAGAUUAUGUUGUAUGUGUAUUUUUAAUAGGAGCUGUUAAACAAGAGUAUGGCAGAACCGCUUCUUCUGUCUUUGUUUCAACAGCCAAGGUGAAAGGGAAUAUAUGCUUGAGAGCAGACUGCCUGAAGAAAAAGGGCAGCAGCAAAGCAAUGACUGUGUAUGUGUGUGGGGAUGGAUAUAGCAAUGAAGCUGUGAAGACGUGCAGAAGCAGUCCAUUAAAUUAUUAUUUUUCCAACCCCUCAAACUGUUUACAUGCUGUCUCCCCUGCCCUAUUUUACCAAGCAGUUCCAGAAGAAGGAAAAGUGCAGUCUUAACCCCAUGUUUGGAACAAACUGAUCAAAACCCUAGUAGCACAUAAUGGUAAUACAGAGCCACUGUUAUCUCUUUUCCCCUCCAGAGUUUGCAGGGAAAAUUGCCUUUUUGCCUGUAAACAAAAAAGUUUCACCUUAGCCUGCAUAGCAGCUUCUGCUGUGACCUCUAGCGAUAGUUGUGCCAGGAGAAGCAGGUACAGGAGUACACCUCUGAAGAUGCAGGGUAGUCAUCUCGGUUGCCACCUCAAAGUGGAUGUAUUUUUCUCUUGAAGACUGAAUGGAGAGUUGGUUAUGCACCUUGUUAACACCUUGUUAACAAUGUACUGUAAUUCCUUUGGACAGUUUCAUAAAAUGACCAGCCUUGGACUCAGGAAACACGUACAAGAAAAACACCAAUGGACCACUAUUUAUGGGACACAGAAAGCCAUCUGCAAGAGUUGCCUGCUUUGGUAGACCUGGUCUACGUACAGAACUCAUGUUAUUCUUAGGGACCAGGAGAAAGGGAAAGUUUUAUCUUUUAAGGCAGUGUAUUUUUUUCUUACAUAAUUCCCCUUCAUGGGUCUUGUUGGUUGGUUAUUUAAUGCAUUCUGGUAUUUGCAAGAAUAUGACUACAUCUCCAUUUACUGUUGAUGGGAUAUACUGUUUGUGUCUAAAACUCCAUUCACUCUGCUUGAAACCUCAUCCCAGAAUGUCAGUGCACCAUAGGAUACAUUUAUUUAUAAAACAAAAGCAAAGAAGUAAGUUUUGUCUUAAUGGCCCUUGAGAAAGGCCAGAAGAACUAAGAGAGGAUCUGUUGUUUUUUUUUUUUAAAUUAAUUUCUUCUUAAAUUGCAUCGAGCGUGAAUCUGGAACUCUUGUGUUUGUACUCCCACAGAUUGAGAUGAGGAUUAACCAUGUGAGUAGGUGUUACACAUGUUUACAGGUUGUGGUGUCAGGCCUUACAGAGUUAAAGCUCUUAGACAUGAGAGAACACUCAGACUCAAAAAGUGGAUGUCUUGUUACUUGCUGGCAAAGCCUUGUAGCAUGUAUUGCUUCAGUAAAUAACAUUUUAAAUAUGGUAUGGAAAUAGUGACUGUGCAUGAUGAGGUAAAUCCUGUUUAAAAUAUUGGACAGCUCAGAACUGUUUCAAGGUAGCUUGAAGUGAGUUGCCAAAACAUAGAUUAAUUUGUGCCUGGGAUUUCUCUUCUCUUACUGCAACCACUGUACUGGGGCAUUAACUAACAAUUGGGGCAUUAACAAGAUUGGUAAAAGUUAAUGAAGACCUGAGCUCCCAUUUAGUGUAGUGCAGUGAUGAGUCCUUCAGUUCAAUGGAUUUGGGAGGUCAUCUACUUUAGCAAUGCAGCCAAGCAACUGCAGUUGUCCUUCAUUCAUUUGAAGUCAUGUUGCUGAGCACUUCUGAGUAACAGGCCAUUACAAUGUUCGUCUGGGCGAGCAGAAGGGAGCUCUUGGUUUUGGCUUUGCCUUGUGGCAUCUUUUUCAAGAAAAGGGUCUGUUUUCAGACUGCUAGAUUAAUAACAUGAAUCAAAUGUGGUACGAGUAAUAGGAAAAUGGGAAACCUGGAAAUGGGAUGUUGCAAAUGCACACUGUUCUACAGGAGCAUUUUUUAAGUCUUAAAAGCUCUAUAGUCUUUAGAGAUGAUCAAACUUUGUCUUUAACGAUAUUGCAAAUGUGGGAUAAAACAAAAAAACUUUGUUAUAUUCAACUUCGUCAGAAAGGAUCACAGAAUGAGGUUGCUUGUUCUUGUACCAGUUAUUUAAAGCUGAAAACUACAGGGUGUUCCAGAAAACAAUUGUAAAACAGCGUCUUUGAACUCACAUGUUCCUUGUCAGAGUUUCUGCUCUGUCCCACAGUAACAGUAGUAUACUUAUCCAUCAGCUUGACACCAGCAUUAAGUGAUUCACUGUGUCUUAAGUCAAACUGAUGCCUCAUUGGGGGAGAAGCGUCCCUGGAAAUCAAGCAUUGUGAGUUCUCAUUCCAAAGUAAUAAAAUAUAGUGAUUACCCAGACUGGGGGAGAGAGCAGAACAGCCCCACAGCACAGCUGUGCUACAGGGACUGCUUUGAAGACAAAAGCAAAACACAACAAAAAUAGCCAAGUUUGCAUUUUUUUUUUCCAGUUUCUGCAGUGCAGAAGGCAUAGGAUUUACUAUAUUUUAUUCUUUUUUUUUUUUUUUAAACCAGAACCACCCCAAACAUCUGUCUCUUAAAAUAAUGUCCUACUGGAGCUUAACGCUGCAGUACUCUGCUACCCGCACAGGGCACGUUUUGCUCAAAGAUGGGAAUUGCCAUGGGCCCUUCUGGGGCCUCAGGCUUUUCUGUGUAGGUGUUUUAGGUCAGUUUCUGUACCCCCACCCCGUUAAAAAUUAAAAUUAAAAAAAAAAUUUACGCCUCUCAGACUGCUCGGGCACUUGGGACGAAACGUGGCUGUUUCCAUGGGAUGCUGCAGUGGCUGUCCCACAUCGCUCUGCCCGCUGUUAUUUAAAUGUGUAUGUUUAUUGUACAUUCAGUGACUGUUCUAGUGUUAAUAGUCUUGUGCUACCUGGCAGGUGUAAAAACGAAAUUAAUAAAUUUCUUUUUUUUUUUUU